AUGCUAUAUCUAAAUUUCAUUGUCGCAAUACUCGCCUCGGCUAUCACUGCUCAGUUAAGUCUACCAAAUACUCCCGAUGGAGUAUUAAGUAUUGCUACAGCUCCUCCUUCCCCCGGAGAUAUAGGUCUGCCUCUCGCAUCUGAUGCAUCAUCACGCAUGGCCUCAAUAUCUAGCGAAAUCGCGGGCCACAUGUCAUCUGUUACCAGCUCACUCGCAGCUCAGGCAUCAUCGCUCAAAAGCGAAGCAUCAGGAAAUGUUAUGUCUAUAACUAGCUCGCUUGCCGCGGAGGCAUCAUCAAUAGCUUCGAAAGCGUCGAGUAUUUCUAGUGAAAUAGCCAGUAAAACUAGUGCUCUCAACAUUGGAAGUGAACCCACAAGCACAGCAACAGGUAACGCCGCAUCUCACCCAACUGGUGCUAUGGCUUUCGGGGCACUGUUUGGUGCUGGGGUGAUAGUUGUGAAUCUAUAG